AUGUCAACAACCGACAACUCAACCAAAGUCCUCUCCCCCACCAAACUCGCCCACGUCGUUCUACACACUCACCAGUACGACCGCAUGCUACAAUUCUACACCCGCUUCCUCGGCGCCAACAUCGUCUUCGAGAACGGCCAUCUCGCCUUCCUCAGCUACGACGAAGAACACCACCGCAUCGCCAUCAUUUCCAUCCCCGGCAUGAAGGAAAAGGAUCCGCAAACAAGUGGUCUGGGCCAUAUCUCCUUUGCUUACGACUCGCUCAAGGACCUCUGUGCUUCUUACAAGCAGAGGAAGAUGCUAGGGAUGGAGCCGGGGUGGUGUGUGAAUCACGGCCCUACGACAUCGCUGUACUACUGCGAUCCCGAUGGCAACUCCAUCGAGAUCCAAGUGGAUAAUUUCGAGACGAAUGGAGAGGCCACGGCGUUCAUGAUGGCGAGUUUUGAGCGGAAUCCGCUCGGAGUCGAUUUUGAUAUCGAGGAGCUUUGUCGUAAGGUUGAGCGUGGUGAGGAUGAAGGGGAGUUGAAGCGGCCGAAGGUGGAGAUCGUAAGGAAUCGGCCGGAGGAUUUGGUGCGGGCUGCGAGGUUGAUGCAGCAGGGUACGACUGGUUUGUAG